GAUCUGAGGAGGAAAAAAUCCCCCUGAAAGCUCUACCAUGACGCUCUUUCAUUUCGGAAAUUGUUUAUCCUUGGCCUAUUUCCCAUAUUUCAUUGCAUACAAAUGUAGUGGAUUGUCUGAAUAUAAUGCAUUUUGGAGAUGUGUCCAAGCAGGUGCUACAUAUCUCUUUGUGCAGCUGUGCAAGAUGCUGUUUCUUGCCACAUUUUUCCCCACCUGGGAGGGAGGAGUUGGGGUGUAUGAUUUUGUUGGGGAGUUCAUGAAGGCCACAGUGGACAUGGCCGAUCUUCUAGGUCUUCAUCUGGUUAUGUCCAGGAAUGCUGGGAAGGGCGAAUAUAAGAUCAUGGUGGCCGCUAUGGGCUGGGCUACAGCCGAGCUCAUCAUGUCAAGGUGUAUUCCUUUAUGGGUUGGAGCUCGUGGCAUUGAGUUUGACUGGAAAUACAUUCAAAUGAGCUUUGAUUCCAACAUCAGUCUGGUUCAUUAUAUUGCUAUGGCAGCAGUAGUAUGGAUGUUCACUCGGUACGACCUUCCCAAAAGCUUCCGGCUCCCUGUUACCAUCCUGCUGGGAUUGUGUGUUUAUAAGGGCUUUCUUAUGGAGCUGUUUGUUCAUGUUUUCCUCCUGGGCAGCUGGACGGCUCUCCUAGUGAAGGCCGUGCUCACUGGUGCCAUCUCCCUGUGUUCACUUUUCCUGUUCGUCACACUCGUUCACAGCAACUAAACCCUUUUACUUUACAGUAUUUGAAGAACUGAUCCACAUUCCUACUUCAAACACUGUUGACUUUUUUAUCUGCUACAAUGAGACUGUGAGAGUAUAACUGUUAUUAGUGAACAUGUGUUUAUACUUUAUUCAAUUAACUAAAUAAACAUUUGACUUCAGUAUGAAGGAAU